AAAUUAAUCCGUUUUCCACCGCGGGGGCGAGAUUUCAGUUUGCCAAGCCAGAAACCGCGUCCUCCCUUAUAAACGCGCACGACGCGUACGCACACGGCACACUACCAUCCCGCACCGCACGACAGACAGCACGAGGAAGGCGAGCCAACCACCACCGCCGCGAGACUAGCACCACGAGCGAGCUCGGCCGAUUCCGAUUCCGUCUGCGCUAUUAAGGUUUGUUUGGAGGAAGGGGAGGAGGUUCGGAGGUGGAGCUGAGAGAGAGACCGGAGAUGGCGGCUUCCGCGAGGCAGGGGGAGAGGGCGACCAGCUUCGCCAUGGCCUGCAGCCUGCUCAGCCGCUACGUCCGCCAGAACGGCGCCGCCGCGGCCGAGCUCGGCCUCGGAAUCAACAAGGGUGAGGCCGAGGCUCACAGGACGGCGGACACCAAGAGCCCUUUGCCUGGGGCGGAGGGCGAGGAGGCCGGCAGGAAGAAGGAGACCAUGGAGCUCUUCCCGCAGAGCGCCGGCCUGCAGGACGCCGCCGCCCCUGACGCUACUAGGGAGGAAGACAAGAGCCAGCUGACCAUCUUCUAUGGUGGGAAGGUGCUCGUGUUCAACGAUUUCCCAGCCGACAAGGCCAAGGGCCUGAUGCAGUUGGCUGGCAAGGGCAGCCCGGUUGCUCAGAACGUCUCUGCGACCACAACUGCUGCAGACACCGCCAAGGUCCAGACGGCCGUGCUGGCCCCGGCAAGUAGUUUGCCUAGUGAUCCGGUUGUUGCUCCUAAGUCUGCUCGUCCGAAUGCUUCUGAUCUGCCAAUUGCUAGAAAGGCGUCACUUCACCGAUUCCUUGAGAAGAGAAAGGAUCGUCUGCAUGCAAAGGCACCAUAUCAAGCUUCUCCUUCUGAUGCAACACCAGUCAAGAAGGAGUUUGAGAACCAGCCAUGGCUUGGACUGGGGCCGAAUGCCGCCCUGAAGCCAAACCAAUAAGGCGGCAUGACAGGAGCCUUAUGCCCUUACCA